UCACGCAAAGUGCAGGCAGAACUAUAAAAGCUGAUGUAUUUUCAGCGAGCGACUAGUGAAUGAAUAAGCGAAGCAAAAUGAGGGCUACACUGGCAUUGACUCUGCUUCUCAGCUGCCUCACAGGGAUUCUGUCGCAACACCAAUUAGAUACCGCUGUGUCCAAGGAGCUGGUAGAAGGUUGCAUGAAGGAGAAUGGAGUAACUGCCCAGGAUCUGGCCGAUUUGCAUUCGGGCAAGGUGAAAGCUGAGGAUGCAAAGGACAACGUCAAGUGCUCAACCCAGUGCAUUCUGGUCAAGAGCGGUUACAUGGACUCAACGGGGAAACUGCUGACCGACAAGGUCAAGGCUCACUAUGCCAACACGUCUUUGAAGGAUGCGAUCGAAAAGGAUUUGGACAGGUGCAGCAAGGUCAAGGGGGCCAACGCCUGCGACACGGCAUUCCAGAUAUUGGGCUGCUUCCAAGGAGCCAAUUAAGGGCCUCAAAGAUCCCAUUCAUCGGGUUUGAAGUCGAGCGUAACACUUCCAAAAGCAAUAAAGGCAAGCAGCAGCAUAUACUUA